UCUCCCCUCUCAAAUCCCUCUCUUUUUCAACCUCUCUUUUCUGCGCUUCUGUCUCUUCCGAACUCGUUCUCUGCAAUAAUCAUACUCCCAGAAGAACUCUCUGAGCUCUCAGAGAAUCGAAAACCACACCUUCCUCCUCUGAUACCGCAAACCCAGCACCUCCGCCUGCCUUUCCUCGCAGAGGUUCCAUCUGGGUAUCUCUCAAAGCCCCAAAAAAUGGAACAUAAAACCCCUCUGCAAACCCUCCCCGAAGCCUCCCCAAAACCCAGCAAGAAAAGCUUCGUCACAUCUCUAAUGUCCCCCCGCAACCCCUCCUUCCAAGAAGACACCUACGUCGUCUCCAACCUCAAAUCCUCCGAAAAGAAAGCUCUCCAAGAACUCAAAGACAAGCUCUCCGCCUCGGACUCCGCCUCCGCCGCCAUGUGGGGCAUUCCUCUUCUGGGCAACGACGAAAAGGCCGACGUUGUCCUCCUCAAGUUCCUCCGGGCCCGGGACUUCCGCGUCCCCGACUCCUUCGCCAUGAUUACCAAAUGCCUGGCGUGGCGGAAGGAGUUCGGUGCCGACGGCGUCGUGGAGGAGGACUUGGGUUUCAAGGAGCUGGAGGGGGUGGUGGCCUACAUGCACGGAUACGACAAACAGGGGCACCCUGUCUGCUACAACGCCUAUGGAGUUUUCAAAGAUAAGGAAAUGUAUGAGAGGAUUUUUGGGGACGAUGAGAAGCUGAAGAAGUUUCUGAGGUGGAGGGUUCAGGUCCUUGAGAGGGGAAUCAAUGCUCUACAUUUUAAGCCCGGCGGGAUUAAUUCGAUUAUUCAGGUCACUGAUCUGAAGGACAUGCCUAAGAGGGAGCUCAGAGUUGCUUCCAAUCAGAUCCUCUCUCUGUUUCAGGACAACUAUCCUGAAAUGGUCGCAAGAAAGAUUUUCAUCAACGUGCCAUGGUACUUCAGUGUGUUGUAUUCUAUGUUCAGCCCAUUUCUGACUCAAAGAACAAAGAGCAAGUUUGUGAUAGCAAAGGAAGGAAAUGUUGCUGAAACACUCUACAAGUUCAUAAGGCCCGAGGACGUUCCGGUUCAGUAUGGCGGCCUGAGUCGACCGAGUGAUGCGCAAAACGGCCCCCCCAAACCGGCUUCCGAGUUCACCGUCAAAGGAGGAGAGAAAGUGAACAUACAGAUUGAGGGGAUUGAGGCUGACGCAACAAUCACAUGGGACAUAGUCGUGGGAGGGUGGGACUUGGAGUACACUGCAGAGUUUGUGCCAAGUGCAGAAGGCAGCUACACCAUCCAAGUGGAGAAGCCAAGAAAAGUGAUGCCCUCCGAAGAAGCAAUCCACAACUCCUUCACUCCUCGUGAAGCAGGGAAGAUGGUUUUCUCAGUCGACAACUCUGCCUCCCGCCGGAAAAAGGUAGCUGCAUAUCGCUACAUUGUCCGCAAAUCCGCCCCCGUCCAAAGCUAACUUCAACAACUGCGAGGGGAUUCAUUAGUUAAACUUGUAGUAGUAAGGUUUUUGAUUUUGCAGUUUGCUUGCUAUGUUGUUUUUUAGGGUUUAAGCAAUGGUUGUGAACCUUGUUAUUUUGUCUGCUUGAAAGUACUUGUAAUGUAUAAAAGGAUGCAUGAUAUAUUUAUACUAUUAUUAAGAGAACUUUCCUUGUCAA